UGUCGACGCGCGUUCAUCAGCUCUCACGUUACUUUCAUUUUGACAACAUUUAUAUGUUGCGUAAAUAUACGUUCUAUGAUGAUCUCGCCGUAUUGCUGUGUCGCGAUCAAGACGUUUUCCUCACGGCUGAACGCGCUUCAUAUUCGCUUAUCAGAUUUACCCGAUGUGAAAGAACACGUGCGACAUUAUCUCGACGAUGAACGCCCGAAUCCUUCGUCGUCAGUAAGGAAAAUUCUAUCUAAACUAGACGCAACGUAACCUCUACAGUAAUCCAGCUCGACUGUUCAUUGACAGCAAGUUGUUGAUAACAAAUCUUCUUGUGAUUUGUGUUUGAUUGUGCAAACGCGACGCAAGGCAAAAUUUAAUUGCGAUAAUUAGACGUUAAAAUGAAUGUCGAAGUCUCACGGCAUGAUCUCUGAACGCCGAAGGAUGCGAACGGCGCAAAAUGGAGCAGAUAGAGACGAAUAGAGACGUAAUAGAGACGAAUUUGUUAAACCAAGAUGAACAAGUGAAGAAAGGAGAGUCAUGGCUAAUAGCUCAGACUGUAGGUGAAAACCAACAGCAGCAAGCACAAAAUACACCCAUAUUCUACAAGUUUGAUGACAACAUGGUACCAACAAGUGAAGUGAAUGAAAUGUCAGCAAAUACAAAGUGGUGGAAAGACACAUCUACAGAGGAUGUAAGAUUGACAUCGGAACCUGAAACAAUAAUUGUAGAAACUUAUCCAUUAAUAGAACAUACUGCAGACACACAAUCAACCGAUUUAUCUCAAGAUCCAUUAAUGCUGAAUAAUGUUUCUACGAAAGAAUCCACAAAAAAAUUAAUAAAAUGUAAACAGAAAAAAGUGAAAUCAUUAAAAGAAUCUAAACAAUCUGUAAAACGUACAAAGCAUCCUGAGAAUUGGAAAGUAAACGUAAAGAAAAAUGCUAGAUUAAGAGGAGAGGAAUAUAUUGGAGUUGGAGGUAAAAUAGUGCCAGCUAAAACAAUGGGACCACCUUGUAAUUGUCGCAUGCACUGUGCAGAUAAGAUAGACGAGGACGAGCGCGAGAAAUUGCACAAAGUGUUCUGGAAAACGUGCACAUGGGAGCAGCGAAAGCAGUAUAUCGCGCUCUCUGUCAAAGAGUCCCCAAAACAGCGUACUCGUUGUCGCGGCAACGUCAAAACGGAACAUCGCCGGCAGGUGACAUUUACUUAUUCUCUCUUGUUGAAAGGUGAAUUUAUCACCGUGUGCAAGUCCAUGUUUCUCAGUACGUUCGCGGUAUCAGAGAAAUUCGUGCGUCACGUGAUGGAUAAGAAACGCACAUCACCAGGUGGCAUUAUAGGACCAGAUCAGAGAGGUAGGCAUACACCGAAAACGAAGAAAAGCGAAGAUGUGAAAGAUCGUGUGCGCGAGCACAUCAAAUCCUUCUCGACGGAGAUAUCGACAGAUCCUAAAGAUCAUACUGGUAAACGAUAUCUGGAUUCGAGAUUGAGUAUUGCUGCAAUGCACAAGUGCUACGUUUUCAAGUGCAAACAAGAAAGUGUGCCCGAGAGUGAUAUAGUGAAGGAGAGUUAUUACAGAGAAAUGUUCAAGACAGAAUUUAAUCUCGGAUUUAAACGUAUGCAAACUAAAGAGAAGAAAGUGCUGCCGAACAUUAGUAUGAGUGAACAAGUAUGUGAGGAACAGAUUCUCUAGUUAUACAACGAAAUUGUUAACAUCAGCUUAAGUUCAACUUAAGCUGAACACUAUAAAUUUAUUAACAUAAUAUUUAUAAAUUUGUUACACGCAGCUAUGUUUUAGAUAUUCUAAUUAAUUCAAGGACGUUCAAAAUAUUUACAUUAGAUAAUAAAAUGCCAUUGAUCAUACAGUGCCAACUUGCAUUCUCACAGUAUGCACCAAUGCACACGCAUAAUAUACAUUAUAUGUACAUUACUUUUUUUAUAGUGGAAUUUUGAGUUUUUUAUUACUUUUUAACAUUGAUCAUUAUCUUGCUAUAUUUUUUAUAAAUAUGAAUUACAUUGCAUAAAAAUUGCAAUUAUAAAAAUUAUUAAAAGAAACGGAAAUAUAAUCAUCAAUAAUAUUAGUGACAACUCAAUAAAAAUGAAAUCUCUAAUAUUUAUAUCUCUUGGCACAUAACAGUACUCUUCGUUAUUUCAAUUUUUCAAUAGAUAUCUACAUUUACGUGUCAUUCUUCAACAUUAAUGUUAGCGAUGCGACUAUUGUGUAAUAAUAUUACUUUUAUUAUUGUCAUGGAGUAUCUUCAUAAUUAUCUUUACUUCUCUUCGUUCUGUGAACUAACUUCUCUACAUCGAAGCGUUGCAGUUUCCACAGCACCGAUUAGCGCUGAUCUCAAACCAUGCUGCUCUAAAUAAUGAAUGCCAGCUAUGGUACUCCCUGCAAGAAAAUGAAGACAAACGUGUACCAACUGUAAAAAAAUCAAAUAGAAGUCACUUUACUGCUAUAAAUUCUGACCUGCCGGCGAAGAUACGUCAUCUUUAAGCUGACCUGGAUGAAGAUUCGUCUCGCGAAUCAUAGUACCAGCACCUAGAACAGUUUGUGCAGCGAGUUUAUAUGCAAUAGGCCUAGUAAGGCCCAUUUUUACACCGCCGUCCGCUAACGCUUCGAUUAUCAUGUACACCUGGAAAAGGCACGGUUCCCGCUAUUUUAGCAAAUUUUCUUUAAAUAUUUCAACAGGUAAAAACAAUUAUUUUUUUAUACAAAAGUGUGUAAGAUUUGUAUAGAAAUUUUAUAAAAUCUUUUUUUGUGCUUAUACACAAAAAUAGUAAAGAUCUUGUGACAAUGUUAACAGAACUUGAAAAUAGUUACUAACAUAGGCAGGACCAGAGCCAGCCAAGGCGGUGACAGGAUCGAUGAGAUUCUCCUGGAUUUCUUCGCAGAAACCUACGGCGGAAAAUAGUUUCUCCGCGAUUUCAGCCUCUUUAUCACCGGCAUGCUUUCCACGAGUAUACACUGUAGCGCCACAACCCACCAAAGCCGGCGUAUUUGGCAUUACCCUUAUCACGGGUGUUCCUUCUGGAAGUGCCUGAAACAAGAAAGUCUCAUUUUAUUUUAUAUAUUGCGCAACUAUAUAUAACAGGAAUAAUUCAACAAGAAAGUUAAAUGUGGCAUUCUUCGCUUAUCGUAGAUAACAAAUGUAGAUAUGCAAAUGUUGGAUGUUUUUCCGGAAAAUUUUAUAACUACUAAAUGACCACCGAUAAGAAUGCCACAGAUAUGCGAUACAUCACAUCCGUCUUCGCUGUGAACAUGAUGAAUAUUACCUUUUCUAAUGAUGCUAAGGGGAUACCCAUGGCGAUGGAGAUAAGUAAUUUCUUAUUAUUUUUCAACUCUGGAAGAACUUUUGGAACAAUUUGCGGCUUUACCGAGAGGAUUAAGAUAUCCCCAUAAUCGACGACAGGACCAUUAGUGAAUACGAUGAUAUUUCAACUUCAUAAUAUAAAAAAAUCUACAAAAAUCGCAUUAGCAAUCUAAUGAAAUGGUGGAAGAAAACGAGAUUACGAAGGAAGAACUGACAUGACUUUAUUAAUUACACGGAUUGCAUCGUGUGACACUCGACAAAUAGAUCUCAACAGUUUCCUAUUCCGUGACACGAACGACUGGAUUACCCGACUCUCGCGAGCUGCUCUCGUUCGUUCCAACGCGAUCUAACUGCAGCGAUGCACUCGUAGCUUUAAAACACUGGUACGAUAAGGCAACGACUAAAGAUUAUAAUUUUUACACGACAAGUACAUCAACCUGACGUUCGCAGAACGAUAAUCGUAUAAAUAAUGACGACUUUUUACUACGCAACUCUCGCUUUUUCUCGCAUCACUUUGCGCGAUGAAAAUACUUUGUAUUUUUGUGUAUAUAUCGCACGAGAUAAUAGUAAUCGUAUUGGAUGUUGACAGAAAAUAUUAGAAGUAUGAUGCAAACUGCCGCGCCUUCUCUUUCUGUCUCUCUCUCUCUGUUUUGACUGACGAUCUCGUUUCAUAAUGUAUUCAAAUUUACUUAAAAUACUCUGGAGAGAAUGCAACUUCUGCGAUUACAAAAAAAAGUGUUGUCAGCCUCGCCACAGUGACGCAUGAAUAACGAACUUUGUACAUUCGCGGAUGUUUAUGACCAAGAAAUAAAAUAUUGCCGUCCGCGGUCUGUCAUCUUAGUUCAAGAACAUAAGCAGCAGACUAUAAACUUAAAGAAAAAAAGUAUAUCGAUUCUUUCAUCACUUAUAUUAUUUUCGAAAUGAUUAGUAAUACGAUUUGUCUUUGUAGCAAUGUAAAAGUAAAAUUAGUCGAUAUUUCACUCACGAAUUUAUGAAUUUUAUAUAUUUUAUGUAAUAAUACUAUAAAAGAGGAGACACACGAGCCGAUAUAUACUGUUGAUAUUAAGCUUAAUCCGAAAAGAAAUUGGAUAAUUUAAAUAAUGACUUUAGGCAGAUAUCCUAGAUAAUUAAAGUAAUCAAAGGCGUGGAGGUGAAUAGAAAUAAUUAUAUAAAAAGAAAAACUGAGAUUAGCAGAGUUAUAAGAAAUAAGGAAAGACGAAGCAUAGUUAACAGUAUCAGGUAGUAAGUUGAAAAAUCCUACUGUAUAUAUAAAGAAGCAUUUAAAAAUUUUAUUCUUUCAUGAUACUCCUAUAAAUCUUCUUUGAAUAGCUUA